GAUCCGGUAGGGUGUAUCCAACCUCGUCCCAACCUCGCGCCAUCGCUAAUUUUUUUACUCCAAAAGCCAAAAAAAAAAAACAAAAACAAUUCACUGUUUACAUAACGAGUUAUCCCAAACUGUGAACUGCAGGUGUUCAUUACCCCGUGAAAAACUGUGCCGAUUAAUUGGGGGUUAAUCACGGAAAUAAUCAGUGAAUGAAAGUUUAUCGACGGAAAAUACAAAUGUGCUGGUAAUGACGCGGAUUUAUCGAUACGUCUGAGCACCUGAGUGAAUCAUCCGGUGAUUGUGAAUAGUUUCUUAUUUUACCGAGUUGGAAAUAUUGAGUACUGCCACUGGGCAGUUAAACACGUGAUGAUGAUGUUGUGAGAUAUGGUUUUUAAACGGAGAGACCUCAUAUUUCAUCGUUUGGCAUGGGUACGAAGUAAUCAGAAUCGCAAUUGUCACCGGUACGAGUGACGGAUCUUAUCCAUCUGGAGCCACUACUUGCGGUAAGUAGUGGUCUCCAAUCGUUCAAAAAGCAAGCGGCCAACUCGCCGCGCCGGACGGAAGAUAUGCGCAGCAAGCAACAGCCAAGGCCCUCCUUCCGGUGGCCGCAGCAACGCGGCGAUAACGCUACCGGGGAGGACGGCGUGGAAGGUGCAGGCCCUGGGACCGAGCUCCAGGCUGAGGAGGGUGACUGUGUAGAUGAGGAUGGGCCAAGUAGUCCAAGUGAAAGGGGUUGUCCACCAGUGGCCAAGGAGGAUGACGAAGCCGAUGGCACUGAUGACGAAGAGUCUGAACAGAGUCCGACGACACCACCGCCAUCAGCCUCGAUGAGGUUAAACCCCACUGCCCUCCGAGACACAGGACCACCUGACAGGGAGCCAAUGAGUCCUCGUUGUCCUUCACGGGAUUCACGGGAAUCGUCCGGUCCAGCAGCCGGAAGUCCCCCACCUCAGGCAACUCGCAGCAGCACGAGUCCAAUUAGUCCAAGCAGCAUUGUGCCUGUACCUCUUGGUAGUCAUCCUUUGCUGCCCUCUCACUCCGCUGCGGUAAUGGCAGCCUACAUUCAACAAACACACCAGAGGUUCCUCCUGGGGCACUCACCACUCUCAGCCCGAGGAUCAGUAUCACCCUUGGUGUCAUCAUCGUGCUCGCCACCUGCAGCGACCCCAGGGAUUCUUGUGUCACCCGCGAGUACUGGCGAGGUGUCACCCUCGGCAACACCCCUGCCAGUGGUCCUGGAUUUCAGUACGCGGAAGGUCUCAUCCGCCGAUGAGGAUGACGACGAGCAAAUUCUGAAUCUCAGCAAACCGUCAACCCCAUCAUCCUCGAACGAAACGAAUAACGGACCGCUGGAUCUGUCGGUAUCAAGUAGAAAGCGACCCUCUCGUGAAGAUGAGUCGCCUCCCCCACCGCCGAGAAAAUCCUCCAGACUUGGUUCAAUAGCACCACCUCAUCAAGAUUCACCAGCUAAUGCUUUUGGACGGCCACCCGUAGUAUCCCCUUGGAGUUCUCCAGUUGUCGCUUCACACCUUCCGUACUUUGCCGCAGCUGUUGCUGCAGCUACUAGUCAACAACAAUUAUCACCGAAGAGCACCCCCGGUGUAGAUCCUCAUCAAUUAUGGAAUGGAAAGAUGAAACCACCAGCGAUGGACAAGUCGUAUCAGCCCAGUGAAGCGACCAAAGCACUAGAAAAGAUGAGCGAACUCAGUAAACUCGGUGGUGAUGAGCUCUACAGGUCAUCGUCCGGUGGUUCCAGUGGUAAUUCCGGCGGCAAUAAUCCCAGUGGAGCGUCGGGUAGCCGACACAGCGCAUGGCAAUCGCACUGGCUCAACAAAGGUGCCGAUCAGGCCAAGGAUGUACUUAAAUGCGUUUGGUGUAAACAAAGUUUCCCAACGCUGGCUGCGAUGACAACCCACAUGAAGGAGGCGAAACACUGCGGUGUCAAUAUGCCCGUCAAUAUGCCGGCUUCGGGGCUACAGCCGCCUUCGAUAUCGUCUAUACCACAGCAACAACAGCCCUCUCAUCAACCACCUCAGUCCCAGGGCUCAGGAGGUAAUCCGACGCCGAGCAGUAAACAAAGCCCUUCAGAACUGAAUCUUCUCAUCAAGGAGACAAUGCCUUUGCCACGGAAACUAGUUCGUGGGCAAGACGUGUGGUUGGGCAAAGGAGCUGAACAAACGAGGCAGAUCCUCAAGUGCAUGUGGUGUGGUCAGAGCUUCCGAUCGCUUGCUGAGAUGACUUCGCACAUGCAACAGACUCAGCAUUAUACCAACAUCAUAUCCCAGGAGCAAAUAAUCUCCUGGAAGUCGUCGGAUGAUAGCAAGGGCGGAAGUGGCGGUGGCUCGGCGGGAAUUGGUUCUACGGGCGGUGCCACAGGCGGUCCUGGAUUACCACCCGGGGCUGGAGCUGGACAACACGGUGGAAAUACAGGUGGUCCACCUGGUGGCGCCACCAGUAGUCACGUCAGUGCUGUUCUAACCUGCAAAGUUUGUGAUCAAGCUUUUAGUUCGUUGAAGGAACUGAGUAAUCACAUGGUGAAGAACUCUCACUACAAGGAGCACAUUAUGCGCUCGAUAACUGAGAGUGGUGGGCGUCGGAGACAAACUCGGGAGAAGAGGAAGAAGUCUCUGCCAGUUCGAAAACUCUUGGAGCUAGAGCGCGCGCAAAAUGAGUUCAAAAAUGGUGAUUCUGCAGCAGGACUUGCUCACAGUCUUGGCAAGCAUGCUGGUAGAAUCACAUGUGAAAAAUGUGGUGAUAAAAUCGAGACGACUGUUUUUGUUGAGCAUAUACGCCAGUGUAUAGGCUCAGGGGCGGUUGGAGUGAAUCAACGAAAUUUUCUGAAGAAUGCGUUGAUGUCAAAUCACAUGAGCCAAGUACUUACAGAGAGCGGUCGAAAGAGCGUUAGUGAAGAGACAUCAUCGAUAUCCUCGAGGCAUCACAGAUCACCAUCUUCGGCGAGUGACGCCACAACACCGGGUAAAGAAGCGCCAACCGCUAGUGCCAAUGAAACGACCAACACCACUUCUUCACCGUCUGUCCUUAAUGCAAUUGAAAAGUUGAUAGAGAAGAGUUUCGAUUCACGAGUGAGACAUGGUACCCCAGGACUGCAUCAUGCUCAGCCCGGCGCACCAAUCGGCUCGAGUAUUCUCAAGCGUUUGGGCAUUGACGAGAGUGUGGAUUACACAAAGCCCCUUGUUGAUCCCCAAACGAUGAAUCUACUGAGGAGCUAUCAACAGCAACAGCAACAUUACAACUCUGCGAAUGCUACGAGACGGGAGCGAAGUGGUAGUGAAUCAAGCUCGAUAUCGGAAAGGGGAAGUAAUCGAACAGAUACGAUGACACCGGAGAGACGUAUCGAUCUUUCGAUGAGCCAUGACAGACUGUCGACUUCCUCGCAUCGUCAACGCGCAACGCCGGACAAACAGAGUGCAACACCAAGUCGUCACUCGUUGCCCGAAGAAUCCGGUGACGAGGAGUCAGUGAUUGUGAAAAAGGAACCACACGAUGACGAUGGCGAUCAGUCAAUAACCAACGAGGAUGAUCCCUCCCAGGCUCCACGGGACGUUGUCGUCAAGAAGGAACUGGUGGACGAUACCAGGGAAGAUGAAGCAACGUCGCCCUCUUACAAUUGUCAUCCCCGGAUUCAUGAGGGAACUGAUGAGACAAGAGAGGCGGCAUCACCUCAGGUGAAUCCCUCAACACCGAGACCUCCGAGUCAGCACGAUCAACCUCCUGCCCCACCAUCAAGAAGUCCCUGCAGAAAUAGCAUGAGUAGUCCAGCAAGUAGUGAUCGAUCUGUAACUCCUCGAGGUACCCCAGACACCAAAGCAUCGAGCAGCCUGGGUGCCCUAUCAUCGAUGUUCGACAGCCUCUCAGGAGGUGGCACAGGUGCCAACGCCACCUCCGACUCUCAGAGUCGCAAGACAAGCAGUCAUCCCCUGGCAGCCUUGCAAAAACUCUGCGACAAGACUGAAACCCGAGUUCCCAGUGGUUCUGGCAGCUCAAGAUCGGCAGGGAGCAGUGGUCAAAGUAUUUCCACAAGUGGUAGAGAAAGUACUGGGGGUUCUGGGCAAAGUGGUGGCCCAACACCAGGUGCCAUUCUAGCUUUCAGUUGGGCGUGUAACGAUGCCGUAGUAACCGCUGACUCAAUCAUGAAGUGCGCAUUCUGCGAUACACCUUUCAUCUCGAAGGGCGCCUACAGGCAUCACCUAUCCAAGAUGCAUUUCGUGAAAGACGGUGUCAUUCCAGAUCCUCUGACAAUCGGUAGAUCGGCUGCAGCAGCGGCAGCUGCUGCUGCUGCAGCAGCCGCAGCAGUCGCUGCAACCCAAUCGUCAUCGGGUGCGAGUCACAGUGGAGCAUCACCUAGCUCACAGCACAACAAAUCACCACCUGUACAGCAGGUAAAUGGCAGCCCUUCACAACCCUCAGCAUCUUCUCUCGAGGAGAGCCCACACUCAAAGUUUCUCAAGUAUACGGAGCUAGCGAAACAAUUGUCUAGCAAAUACGUAUAGUCUGAGCGCCGUAAGUAGCGGUGCAGUUUGUACAUAAAUUGUAUCUAUAGUGUAAACCCGACUGCGUAUGAGGAAGGAAAGUAGUCGAUAGAUAGAUCUCCCUCCCUCCCCUCCCCUCCCCUCCCUCUCCUCACCAUCAAGUCUUUCUCCUUUAUUCCCUCAUCUUCCACGCCUCCCUUUCUCCGUUUAAUCAUUGUCGCGUCGAGGCGUCGAUGAUCGAAAGAUUGAUUCGAUUGAUACGUCACGUUGGAUGGUUUCAUUGUUAUUUACAACGGUAGUAUCAGACAGCCAAUUACAGAGCGAAAUAGAAGAGCAUUAUGACACUUGAGCCAGUCUUUCGAUCGUGUCUGCGUUUUUCGACGCGUCGUGUCUUGUCAUUCCUUGGUCGAGUUCAAACACAAUUAGCGUGUAUUGGCUCAACUAGAAUAAUUGUAGAGUGGAGAGAACUUUAGUUUUCCCCGUUUUGGUGACAAAUAACAUUUGGGGAGAGAACUGGCUAGAGUGGCUGUUUGCGCUCAUCUUUUCUUUAUAUUCUCGUUUAGUGAGUCGUUAUCGUCAUAUUUCAUUUUCUCUGUCCUCGUUAUGAUCUCGGAGAUGUUUUUGGGGAUUUGGUAUUUAUAUGGAUCGAAAGAUUGAUUUGUUUUAUUACUCUGAUGAUACGUUCUAGUUUUUUUUUUAUCGUCGAACGCAAUGAUUUGGGAUAUGGUGUUUAUUUCCGUCUCUAACUGACAAUCACUUGAUCCAUUAAAUCCAUCCGAUAACCUCAUUCACGUCCCAAACAACACUUUCAUUACUGAAUUUGAUUGAAUUGCAUCAUAAGAAUGGUAGUUCAAGUCCAUUAAUAUAAUGAAAUAUACCUAAUUGCAUUUGAGCACGAAUUCAAGUUCCUUGUCAUUUCAAGUACCCCGUCUGCCCGCUGAAUCCAACAAUCGCCAUUUCAAUUACUGAUUUUUACCGAGGAUGGGGGAGAUAGACUAAAACAAUUUUUGCUAACCGCGGGUUCCAAAAUUAAUAGCUGAGGGAAAACAGAAUGAGACAAUGUCAAAAAAAAAAAAAAAUUAAAAUUGUGUGCAUGUGCGUAUGUGCGUUAUUCGACGAGUUGGAAGUGCGUUAAUGAAUUGUGAUGCCACCAUAUCUCGCGGCAACUGUGACGAGACCACAUGUUCAUGUGUGUGACUCCGGCACGCGGCCAACAUUUGUGAUGUUUAUAAUAAAAGAAUACUUAAGCAACUUAACUUCGAGCCGAGGAAAAUAUCGAAAAAAGUAACGAGAGAGCUCUCAUGCAAAGUUUAAAAUUAAAAUAGAUAUUAUGAAAAGAGACGAUUAUUUCGACUAGGAAAGGAAAAUGCUUGUCUAACUCAUCUGUCAUAACGGUCGAACGUAUGUAUACCACCUUCUUAGCGUAAGUUAAUUAGAUUAGGCAUAGGCUAAAAAAAUUAGCGCUCACCCUUUGUAUAGAAUCUCUUUGUUGACGUGGGGGAUCAUGUCACGGCGGGGGCGAGCCCAAAAUUUAUUUGUCAAUGUUGUUUUUGCAAUAUUGGAGUACGAGAGAAGCGCUGCAUUUUUUCACUGCUCUGACAUGAUCUCAACCGGAAUUACAUGCGCAAACGGAAAAAUAAAAUAGCACAAAAGAAAAUAUUAAAAAGGGGAGAGACAUGAGAAUGACGAGAAAAGAUGAGUGCGCCACGCGGUGCAAUGAAUCGAGUUUCAUAAUCUUAGAUAUUGAGUACCGUUUAUUUAUUCAGGGUCUCACUUUUUUUUUUCCCCCCCCCUCACUUUAUUCGGUUUUUAAGGCGAAUGAAAAGAAAAAUUGCGUGAGAUACUUUAAAUAAUGUCGUAAUAGUUGAUUUGUAAAUUUUAUUUGUUUCUUGAAAUAUAUUUAUUGCGCCAGGUCGAGCCAAUGCGUGUCAUUACGUGUAAAAUAUUGUCAUUAAUUAUCAUUCGAAUUAUGGCGAAAAAAAAAAUACUGUGUAUAUUGAAUUGAAAUUAUUAUACAUAUAAAUCAAUGAAAAGAUGACGAAAAGUGAUAUUUGCGUGAGUAAAAGAGCGGGCGUGAGUGAGUGAUUUCACAUAAUUAGGUUGAAUGAUUUAUGUAGAGAGCAAUGCUAUUUGUAGUAAAAAACAAAACAAAAUAUUAAAUUUAAUUAAAAUUGAUGGAGUGAAUGGGGAGAGAGUGAGAUCGCAUCAGCGGAGUGACGGAAAUAUUGUACAACUCCGAUGAUACGAUUAAACAAAAACCUAGAUGAAAUAAAUAAAAAUAAAGGAAAUAAUAAGAAAAAAAAAACACUUGUAUACGUAUUCCUUGUAACUCUAAUUCUUCCAUCGCGGACUUUUAAAGUAUUUAUCAACAUAAUAAAAAAUAAUAAUAAUAAUAUUGUGUGUGAUGAUCGAAGAUUAAUCCCACGUGGUACUGAGCGAUUAUAAAAUGAAAAUACGCGAGAUUUGACGAUUCAUCCACCAUGAUAAAGUAAAUAUGAGAAAAAAAAUUGAUGAAAACGGAGAGAAAAACUGAAGAAACACACAAGUGAUAGAAUAUCGUGCGCUCCCAAAAAAAAAAAAAAAA